GUUAAAUGUGGGAAAGCUCCAGCAGCCGUUUAGUUGCUUCCAGACAAUGCAUAUUAACAGACCUAUCGGUGUUGCUGUUUUGAUCUUCUCGUUGAUCAACGUGGCCCAGAGUCUAGCCAUUCCGAAGAAUGGUGUCUGGGUGGAUGAGUGUCUGGCCUCCAAUAACAUAACUCAGGCAGACCUGAAGAUAAUGGUUCAGAAGAACAGCUCUGAAAAUAUGGAGGAUAGUGUGCUGGGAAACCACAAAUGUUUCUACCAUUGCCUGGCCGAAAAGGAAAAUAUUUUGGACUCCAAAGGCUAUAUGGAUGUGGAAAAGAUUAAUAAAGUUGAUCACCUGACGGAUAAAAAUCGCCAGGCUCUACUAUUUUGCAAACAAACUCACGACGGGAAGCUGGAAAAGUGUGAAUACAUAUUCAAGAUGAUCGUUUGCCUGACGGAACGUAUAGAACCAAAUUAUAUAGGAAGAGAGACAGAGAAAAGUAUCGAAACAACAACUAAAAAAUAAAUGAGUAAUGCAAAACUGGUUAAACAACUAUUCAGUAUAUAAUUUGAUUAUAAAGUGGGAAAUUAUUUUCAAACCGUUUAGUUUGUUUUCUACGAUGAAGACUAAUAGUGUUGGGGUGUUGGCGGCUCUGAUCUUGGCUUUGAUCAGUUUGGUUGAGUCCCGUCAUCCUUUUGACUUUUUUGACGAAAGCUUCGAAGAUUUUGACGAGUGCCUAAGAACAAAUAAUAUUUCAGACGAAGAAUACUUAAACUUUGAGAGUUUUGAAAACCUAAAAAAUGUCUUCAACGAAAAUGUCGAUCUUAAGUUUAAAUGUAAUAUUAAGUGUCAAUUGGAAAAACAGCCCAAGAAAUGGCUCGAUAAUGAGGGCAAAAUGGAUCUGCAAUUAAUGAAUGCCACUGAAGAAGCUUCUGUUUCAAUUCUAAAAUGCAUGGAAAGUGCUCCGGAAGAAUCCUGUGCUUAUGCCUUUAAAUUAAUCCUUUGUGCCGCGCUAGCCAAUCAUCCGAUUGAUAAUUUCGAAGAUAUAGAGACCGCAGAACUGGCCCUAGGAUGGGAUGAGGUGGAACUGCAACAAAAAGAUGACGAAGAGGAUGGAUAUGAUGUUAUCGAUUAUGAAAGCACCACCGUGUCAUCGUAGCCAAUAAAUUUUAAUUAUCGAUGCAACUAAAAAAAAACACAUCGAAAUACAGUAAUUAAUAAGCUCGGUGCAUUUGUGGGCUGAUUUGCAUAAUUAAAUGAAAUUGCAAGAGGCGAACCGCCGGGGCGCUUGAAUCAAAUCAAACUGAUUCGCCUGGAAUCGAAUUAAUUGCAUUGGCCGACCCAGCAGCGAAAUGCGCUCACAGGAAACGGGAAGUGCGCCUCAUGCAACAUUUAUGGAAAAUCCACACUCCACACUCCCUAUACGUCCAAGGACUCUGAAGCUGGAAAAAAGGAAGAAAAAAACUAACAAUAGAACAGAACAGAAACAAAAAAUAUACACCAGAGAAGUUGACGCGUAAAAAUUGUCACAAAGUGUAAAUAGAAAAUGAAAUUGAAAUGCCUCACAGAGAUUUAAUUAAAUUUCUGGCUGGCCUGGUCGGCCGAUCCAAACAAAAACAGGACACAACAUAUACAAAUAGCAUGCCAUGUGUAUGUGGGUCUGUAUGUAAACUUUUGUUAGUCGGCAAUAAAUAUUUGAAAAAUCUUCGCACAUAAAUAAUUUCGUUUAAAUUGCAUACAUGAUUUGGCAGUAGGCGAAUCAGUAAAUAUUCCACAGAACAAUCUCUUUGGAAUAUACAUCCCUCGAUGAUUUCUCGAUGUUGGCCAUCAACAAACAGCCAAAAACUUUCAGUUCUGUGGCCAAUUGAAAUUCGUAUUUUUCAGCAAUGGGAAAAGAGUCCUUUAUAUUUUACUUAUUGCUCCAAUGUAGUUUUGUUUAUUGGCAGGAUUCGAUAUAUUUGAAAUAUUUCAUUUAAGAAACAAAUUGAAAACGAAAGUCAUCCAAUUUAUGAAAAUUUAAUUGAUAAAGAAAGUGCUAUUGUGGCCCAAUUGAUACAUUUUA